CAACGUGUUACAAACUUUCCCCAGAACUGUUGAGAAAAUAACGUGGUUUUUUUUCUUUGCACAAGAAAGCGCUGGCUUCUCAUUACAGAACAGAUGAAUUCUUAUUAAAUUUAAUGAAAAUGUGCUGUUAUUCGUAAGAAAAAACAUUUAUGGAAACCAUGUGUGAUUAGAAAAAAAAUCACGUUAAAUCGUGUUAUGGAGGAUUUUGCGUAAACUACUUUUUAGAAAUAUCAAAGAUAGUAUCCAUGCCCUCCCCAACUAACUAACAGCUGUGAUGUCACGCUUGGCAUGUUUUUGGCCAUUGGCUGUGCCUCACGCGAGCUCCUCGAGAUACGAGUCUGAAGGUCUGGGUUCUGCUCCUGAAAGUUGAUGGCAAAGUUUAAUUGCCCCAAAUAUUCGGAGGUGAAGCACAAUGCUGGGGAGAGACACAUCUCGAUCUUAUCAGGAGUUCAAUGGCGAGGACUGUGCUGGGCCACUUGGGUCUUACCAGAACAAUGAUGUUUCUGAAGUGGAGCAUGAUGAAGCCAGCUGUGACCCUUUACCAGAUGAGGAUGCUGUGGAUGGCAAUCUAAUGCCCAUUGGUUUCAACAAAGCUUGCCUGAAGAAUGUUUUCAUAGUCAUCCUUGUCCUUAUUUACUUGCUGCUCACGACGGUGGCCGUGUUCUUGGCCUACCAAACCAUUUCAGACUUCAUGGAGAAACUCAACCAUCCAGUGAUGUCUGUUUCAUACAAAGAAGUUGAAGAGUUUUCUGCACCAGGAAUUGCUUUGUAUCCUGGGAAGGCGCAGUUAUUAAGUUGCAUGCAUCACUAUCAUGACAACAUUCCACCUCUUGUUGCAUCGGGCGGACUAGAGGAAGGAAACUGUAUAACAGAGGAGGUUAUUUACCAUGGGCCAUAUUCAAACCAGACGCAAAAGCGAGCUGUAGUAGUCAGAGGGCCGACUGAUGUGAGGAACCGAGAACUUAUAUUCCUUCAGUUCAGUCGGAAUGAAACAGAGGAGGAUUUCAGCGCUAUCAGUUACAUGAUUUUUGCCUCAUUCAAUGACAUGCUUAAAAGCUCAGAUAAAGCAGCUUUUAUGAUGGAUUGUGAAAGGAACUACUCCAUGUGGACCUUCUCUGGAGGCUUUCGGACAUGGGUCAAAAUGUCUUUGGUCAAGACGUCAGGCAGAGGAAAUGAAUCAGUUGAAUUUAGACAGGAGUCCAGUGUGGUGAAGUACAUCGACAAGAGGCCGCCACUGGAGCAAGCCAAUGAGCUUUUCUUUGUUGUGUUCCAAUGGAGAGAUCCAUUUAUACAACAAGUUAAAGAUAUAGUCACAGCAAACCCGUGGAACACUAUAGCCAUAUUGUGUGGCGUCUUCAUGGCUCUAUUUAAAGCUGCAGACUUUGCCAAACUCAGCAUUAAGUGGAUGAUCAAAAUCCGUAAAAGGCACUUAAGGGCAAAAAUGAGAGAACUUGACCAAAUGAGCUAAUUCUAUUACAUCUGACAACACAACUGGAGUUUUUAAGUACUAUCAUUGACCACUGUGAGACUUCUGGAGAACUAAUUCAGUGCCACUUUCAUGAAAAAUGUGUUGAUGUUCUGUUGUACGUUAAGUUUUAACUGGACAAUAACUUGAAAAGCUGAGGCAUGUGUUUUACAGCACAAGGACAAAGUGUAUUCAUGUAGUUGUGACACUGAAAUAUUAACUAUUCACACUGGUUCUCUGUGAGAUUCAGCUAGUUGAAAUGAUGACUGAGAAGGAAUUUAACUGGAGAAAAAAAAGGUUUUAAUGAAAGGGACCUUUAGCUAAAAUGCAUUUCCAAACGAUCAAUAAAUGUAUAAAUAACUUUAUCACAGGGCAUUCAAUUACAGAGAAAGUUUCUAAAGGUUGAAGGGAAUCUGGCCUUGCUGCUAUUUUCUUUAAACAUUUUGCUGUCAAUGUGAAUGAGUUAUGUUUUAUUAAUAUAAGAUAUGUUGUAUAAACCCUUACCAACCUA